CUCCCGGUCCCGCGGCCGGGCGGGGAGCGGGGAGCGGGGAGCGGGCAGCGGGCAGCGGGACCCGGCGCGCCUCCCCAUGGGGCUCCGGGCCUGGCUGGGCGCCCUCCGCUCCUGCUGCCGCCGCUGCUGCGACACACACUGCGAUCCACGCUGCGACUGCGACAGCCUCUGCCCCGGACCCGCAGCGCCCAACGCCGACGCCGAGAAGGAGCCGCUGGUGCGAGAGACCAACCCUUAUACCAGCUUUGGAGUCACUGUAGUGAGGGACGAUGAGAAGAAUUUAUGGAGCAUCCCCCAUGAUGUGUCCCAUACAGAGGCAGACGACGACAGGAUUCUGUACAACCUCAUCGUCAUUCGCAACCAGCAGGCCAGAGAUUCUGAGAAGUGGCAAAAACUCAACUAUGAUAUCUACGCCUUGAGGCAAAUUAGAAGGGAAGUGCAAAACCGAUGGAAACGUAUUUUGGAGGAUUUAGGCUUUCAGAAGGAAGCAGAUUCCUUGUUAUCAGUUACUUAUCUCAGCACCAUCAGCGAUUCUCAGAAUACAAGAAAGGCCCGGGAGAUGCUAUUAAAGCUGGCUGAGGAAACCAGUAUUUUCCCAAACAGCUGGGGGUUAUCAGAGAGAUAUCUCUUUGUGGUGGAUCGCCUUAUUGCUCUGGAUGCCGCAGAAGAAUUCUUGAGACUAGCCAGCCAUGCAUACCCAAGGAGACCUUGUGUGCCCCCCACAAAUGGCCACCAGAAAGAGCUCAAACACCUUUCCGUUCCAGGGCCCUAGAGGAAUUUCCCAAAGGGUGUCUUCCUCAGGGCCUCCUCUCUAUAAAACCCGAGCACAGCAUGAGCAAGGAAUAUGGCCAACAGUGAAUCAGGGUUGGGUGUUGCCAUGAUCCAGCUGCAUCCCCGGCCACAGGGAAGAGUUUGGGGGUGGGGAAAUACCAAAAACAUUCUUCGACCUACCGAUGGGUAGGUACUUGAAAGGUAGUCAUUGAUCUGGAAUGAUUGUGGUGGUUUCCUCCUAUGUUUUCUUAAAUUUAGUUGGGUUGUGCUGGGAUAUCUUUAAUUGCAGUUUAUCGGUCUGAAUUUCCAGCUUCUAAAGACAACCCAUUUUCCGUAUGUCCCUUCUUAAACAGGUAAGUGCAAAAUGGAAGGCUCCCUACUAUGGUAGGUUUAACAGGUUUGCUUUUCCAAACUGCUCUCUCAGCGAGGCAGAAGGCCUGUAUAUAUGGUUUUAAGCAAGCCUCUGUUUGCAAUUGGGAAGCAAUUGGUCAUCCAUGCGGAGGACCGUAACACAAAUCAGAUGCAAAUUUGGCUUCCCCUCUGUUGCCGAGGACUGAAUCAGAGUGAUGAAAAUGAGCCAACAUCCCAUGAUUGAGAAAGUUCUACUGUGCUUGGUUCCAAAUUCGUUCCAGUGCAUAGUGUUGUGGUAGGAAUUUAGAGGCAGCUCUCCCCUCCAAAGACUGAAAUUCUUCUACAAUCAUUCAAGAUGGAAUCUUGAAGCUUCAGCAAGAGUCUUGUCUGGACAUGAAGAUUUUUCGAUCCAAGUGUCAUUAAUUUAUAAGCUUUCUGUGUUGAAGGCUCUGCUAUUUUGAUUUUCUGUACUUGGUAUGGAAGUCAUUAAAGUCUGUCAUUUUUAUAGGCAAAAUAACCUGUUGAAUACAAUCUAGAAAGCACUGUCAAUGGUUCAGACUGAAACAUUUUAAUAUUCUUUAGCUAUUUUGUUAUUAAGGAAUUGUUUCAAGACAUAGUUCUUGUCCCCAAUUUAUGAAUAUAGCAUAUUUGCUGCUAUUUAGAGCUACUGAAAUGAUGGAUGCUAGUAUGCAAAUGUAAUAUAAGUCUAUAUUUCUUUAUAUAUUGUGGAAAAAAUCAAUAUAUGAUGUUUAGCAAUAUCAGGAAAGAUAGAAGUCCAUUAUAUAUUGUCAAUAAAAAGCCUGAAAGUCAA